AUGGCAGACGAAGUCUUGGCACCUUGUGCUUCUGCACCAACGAUGCCGGCGGUUGCAGCUGCAAAUGCCAAGCACAUGGCCUACAUCCACGAGUGUGUGGAGGGGAUCAAGGCCCACCCGAUCAUGCAUGAUGUGAUGACAAGCGAUGCUGUGGCCGGAAAGUACGUCCCUGUGAACUGGAAAUCCGUGCAGUCAACACUUCGUGCAAACAGUGGGCCAGCUUCGGGGGCUGGAAACUUCUUCUGGGUGGACUUGGCUUUGGACCCAGCGAUCGCUCACACUGCAAUCAAAACCAGGAAAUGCAGUGAGAUUGCAGAGCGCUACUACAAUGUUCCGAAGCCUUUGAUUUCAGAGGUGGUGGUUGGGGUUCCACAAUCCUUUUGCCAUGGCAGGCAUCAAGUGGUCCCAGCACCCGGGUUCCUUCGCCGGGUGAGUCCAGCGGAGCCACUGCACUCAUUCAUCAUUGCAGUGCAUCGCGAUGUCAUCAACGAAGAGCAUGACAAGCUGCUGCAAUGGAGGAACAUCAUCCUCAACACCUUGAUCACUUUUGAGGUUGUGGAGAGGGAUUCGACUUUGCAUUUCAAAAAUUGCCAAUUGAGGGAGAAGAGCGGAAUUGAGCAUGAACUCAUUCGCCACUCAAGCCUCAGCCGCUGCUUGGACAUUGUGAACUUCGCAGCUCGGAUGCAGAAACAGAAAAAAUCUGCUCAGAAGGGACCCAAGGUUUCGUGGGCAAAACAGGUUAGCGACACCUACAAUUCGGACCUGGUGAUGUCGGACUACUCGGAAAAAGUCACCGAGUGUUUUGUGGAAAGGUCCCUGGCAGUGAAUUCAAGGAUGUUGACCAAGUCGACGGUGGUGGUUUCCAAGCUGCUGUAUCUCGACGAUGUGUACGGCAUCAACAACCCUCUGGAUUCCAUCCACAAGCUGUUUGCAAUGCUGGGCAAAGCAGGCACUGGCCCCUCAAGUGUCAAAAAACUGGAGUGGAUGGUCUUGCUGCUUGCCGACCUGUUUGAGAAAGGAGCAUUGGAUGCAGACCAGUGCUCCAAGAGGGAGCUGUCCAGCAAGCUGUGCGAUGUCUUCAUGGCCAAGUUGGACUUUCAGAGGGAACUUCUGAACUGGGCUGCUGAGGUUGGAGUGCAGGGACAGUCGUUGCAAAAGAUCCAGGAGAUUUCAGUCGACUUGGAAACAUACCGUGCAGCAUUGGGAUACUCCUGGUUGCCGAUGGAUACGCAGCCUUCCUGUGGCUGGCGGACUUCUUUUCCACCAUCAGCGGACCUCUUCCUCACAGUGCUGGAUGGAUGCAUCUACAGCACCACAUACGACGACCUCAUUGUCACAUGGCUCAGGAGCAAAAAAGCUUUGGGAGAGCUUUUGAAGAUGAGUCCUUUAUCGGAGUCCUUGGACGAAGUGGCUGAGAAGAUUGAGGAGGAAAAGCAAACCAGUGCUGAGUCCAAGAACGAGCCGGGUGCUGACAGUGGCAAUGCUGAUUCGGAUGCGCACGAAAUUGGAGAGGACGGCUGGGGCAGCUCACUAUAUAAUGAUUUGUAUUGGUCACCCUCCAAAAUUUCAAAAGAUGGUUCACUUUUGAUUGUGGUGUGCAGCAUCCUUGUUCAGGACAAAGCAGCUUUUGGCAUUGAAUCCUUUGAGACCGUGAUGGCAACCUAUGCUGAGCUGCAAGCGAGUGAGGACAAGCAAGACAAAGAGGAUCUGCAACGAUUGGAAAGGCACAUGACCCAGGCCCGAUCUUUGGUGAAGACCUAUGUGGUUUUGGAGCCUGAGACAAAGAGCGAUGAGGAUCUCCUGGAAAGCUUGAAGCAGUCGGUGGCAGGCAGCGCUUCAGGAGAUGCCGAAAAAAAGACUCAUACACUGGUGUGGUACGACCAAGCCGAUGCCGGCGAAGCUCAGGUACAGCCACAUUUGCGCGUGCCUGGCCUCAGAAAUCGCGAAAGCAGCAUCACCGAAAGGCUUGCCAAGGUCCGUGGAUUCUCGUCCAUCAACCACAUUCAAAGGAUCCAUCUGAUCACCAGGAACGGAUUGCAGCUCAAUGAGCACCAAAGGCUGCACUCCAAUGGCACGAACCGAGGAAAUUUCCUAGGUCCAUUCACGGCAUCCUCAUGGCAGCAGGACAGUGAUGCCUGGCUGAUGAAGAUGAAAGACAAGUUGGUCUUGCUGGGGAAGCAUGGCGCAAGGAUUGCCGUGGGUGGAAAAGAAGACGACGAUGACAACAUUGAUGCAAGCGAAGGUGACGAUGAUGAAAUGGAAGAGUCUGGGGCCAAGGGAGGCAAACCAAGGGACAAGAACGACAUGGAGCCCUUCUUGUAUCACAGCCCGCCGUCGGCGCUCUGUGAGGAACUCAUCCAAGCCGUCGACCCCGUGGCCGUUGUGGCACUGGCUGGGGAUGGGAGGAUGGCGGAGCUGUGCUUAGAGCGCCGUAUCCCAUUUUUCGGCUUGGCAUUCACGGCCGAACACUGCCAGGCACUCACCGCCAGGCUUGAAGGCCGUGUAUUCCAAAAGAUGCAAAGCGAUCAGAGCAAACUGUUUGCGCCUGCCCUCAAGGUCAUCUUGGACAAAAACAGCAACCAGCAGGAAGAGGAGACACAGCCUCAGCCCAAGAAGAAGACCUCUCGCAAGAGAAAAACAAGAUUGACCUCUCUGCUGUCAAUGGUGAUGAAGAGGGUGGAGAGCCAGCAGGCAGUGCUGAUGGCCAGAUCGACGGCAACAAUGGCCAAGAUGGGCAAGUUGAGAAGAAGCCCCGCAAACCGAAGGCCAAGGCCAAGCCUGAGACAACGGCUGGCGAUAUGCUUGCGGAGCUGCAGAAGCUGGCCGCAUCGGCCGUCGAGUGAGGGAGCUGAGAUUGAAUCGCCGCAAUUCUGA